GCCAGUGGCCGGAGCGAGUCAACGCUAAACCCAGUUCAACCCCUGGCUAGACUACAUUGGGGCUAGUGUGAGCGUGACUCCACCCCCAACCCACGUUGCAGUUCAACCUUCACCCACUCAGCCUGUUUCUUACUGAAUGCUUCACUCUGUUCGAGUUGUCGAGACUCCUGCAGGUCUCUCUCUCUCUCUCACUCCACUCUUUCUCUUUCUCUCUCUCUCUCUCUCCCACAAUCUUCUUCCUUCUCUCCCUUCCUUUUCUUCCCCUCUUCAUCCCUCGUGGCUUCGUUCUUCUCCACCCCACGCUCGUUCUCUGCUUAUUUCCUUCCCUUCGGUUCCUCUUACGUUCGUUCUAUAGUAUUGCCAAUAAUUGCCCGAGUCUCCCGUCUUACAACUC